AUGUCAAGAGUCAUGAUUGCCUUUGGGAUACUUUUGAGCGGACUUGCCCUUUUCGCCAGUGGCGCAAGUCUCCCCACAAAUAAUGCUGUGAAGAACACCCACCCCUAUCAGGUCUCUUUCCGAGAAUGGGUCCGUCCGGACCCGCAAAACGAGUACGUUCACAUCUGCAGUGGUGCAAUUAUCCAUAAAAACUGGAUUCUCUCGGCUGCAUCGUGUUUCGAAGGUCGUGACCUCGGCUAUGUCUUCGCAGCUGUCGGCACCGACGAGGUGACCAACAAGGGUCAAACUUUCGACGUUGUCUUCGCAGUGUUCCACGACGAUUACGACAAGCCCUACAACGACAACAUCGCACUAGUUCGCGUCGCUGGGGAUAUCGAGUUCAACGACAAAGUUCGUUCCGUUGCUCUUCCUACUGAUGGACACGACGAUUAUGACAGAUUAGGAGAAAUCGUCGGAUGGUUCACUGUGAAAGCGGAUUUGUCCAUCAACAGCCAUCUUCAGAGCGUCUCUCUGCCAAUCAUCCGGAAUGAGGAGUGCGUCAAGUCUCGUGACAUUACGGAAAAACACAUCUGCGUUCAUGACGAGGAUCUUGGCGACUUCUGCCACGAAGAUAUCGGGGCUCCAUUAAUUGUUGAUAAUGUUCUUGUUGGUGUAGAGUCUUAUGUAGCACCUUGUGCUGGAGGAUUACCCGAUGUUUUCACUCGUGUUUAUAAUUAUAAACAGUGGAUUGAUAACGUUAUUAAGAAGUUCGAAUAG